AUGCGACAAAGUGCUAAAGUAAAACCCGAACAAGUAACUGUUCCGCAAUGGAUCAGCGCUAAUAUGAGAAUUCUCAAAUCAUUAAUGGAAAGGGGUGAUAUAAGUUCUAUGGGUGACGUAUUAGACUACAUGCAAUACACAGAAGAAAUCGGUGAAUACUUUCAAAUAUAUUCAACACCUUCAGUCAUGCUCUUUGAUCAUAGAUACCGUGAACGACAGUCUAAAGAGAAAUUUCGAUGGGCCACUCCCGAUUUCCACGGAGUUAAUUUCUUUUUACGACCUACAAAUCGACCCUCAUUAGGAAAUAACAAGUCUGUAGUAUCUGUACAUAUACCAAAAGACUCCAAAGGACAAAAUAUCUGUAGAGAUUAUCAAACUGAAUCAGGCUGUCGUCGUAGGUUCUGUAAAUUCAGUCAUGUGUUUACAAGUGAGGGAUGUCGUCAAAACCACCCUAAAUAUCUCCAUAAACUAAUUACUAAAGGAAAUAGUGCCAUAUCGCAAUAG